ACCUCAAAACAGACUCUCUCUCUCAUAAAACGCAGUCGUUUCAUAUGGAUUCCAUGGCUACUACUACUCUUGCUCUUCUCUUCUUCACUUUCACUUUCUUCUUCUCAUUCUUCUCUUUCUUAGUCUUUCUCUUCAGAAUCAAACCCUGGUGUAACUGCCAUCUCUGCCGUUCAUUCUUAUCGGCGACUUGGUCAGCCGAUUUUCUCAACCUCUGCGAUUGGUACACACACCUUCUCAAAAAAUCGUUGACUUCAACGAUUCAUUUUCACGUCCUUAACAACAUCGUCACGGCCAACCCGGAAAACGUUGAGUAUAUUCUCAAGACCAGAUUCGAUAAUUACCCCAAAGGAAAACCGUUUUCGAUGAUUCUCGGCGAUUUACUCGGUCGAGGAAUUUUUAACGUCGAUGGUGACACGUGGCGAUUUCAGAGAAAAAUGGCGAGUUUGGAACUUGGGAGUACGACGGUUAAGAGUUACGCGUUUGAAAUUGUGGCUUCGGAAAUUCAGAACAGGCUUAUUCCUAUUCUUGAAGGAAACGACGUCGUUUUGGAUUUACAAGAUGUGUUUAGAAGAUUUUCUUUUGAUAAUAUAUGCCUUUUUUCAUUCGGGUUGGACCCGGGUUGUUUGAAACUAUCCAUGCCCAUACCCGAAUUCGCAGCCGCAUUUGAUUUGGCUUCCAAAAUCUCAGCCGAGCGAGCCAUGACGGCUUCGCCUAUUAUAUGGAAAAUCAAGAGACUUUUCAACAUCGGCUCGGAGAAGAAGCUGAAACAAGCCGUUAAAAUGGUGGACGAUUUAGCCACCCAGAUGAUAACCCAUCGCCGGAAAAUGGGUUUCGCCGACAAACGAGACCUUCUUUCCCGAUUCAUGGCUUCAAUCGACGAUGACCGUUAUCUUCGCGACAUAGUCGUUAGCUUCCUCUUAGCCGGUCGAGACACGGUUUCUUCGGCUCUGACAAGUUUCUUCUACUUGAUUUCGGAGCACCCGGAAGUCGAGUCCAAGAUCCGAGAAGAAGCGGGUCGGGUUAUAUCCGGGUCGGGUGACCCGGUUGUGGCGGGAUACGGCGAGAUGAGAGAGAUGAACUACCUGCACGCGGCGGUCCACGAGAGCAUGAGGCUGUUCCCGCCGAUACAAAUUGACUCGAAGUUCUGUCAGGAAGACGACGUUCUUCCUGACGGGACUUUUGUACGGAAGGGUACGAGGGUUACUUACCACCCGUACGCUAUGGGUCGGAUGGAGCGGAUAUGGGGACCCGAUUGUCUCGAGUUUAAACCCGAGAGGUGGCUUAAUAAGGAUGGGGUUUUUGUACACGCUUGUCCGUACAAGUACCCGGUUUUUCAAGCCGGGUUUCGGGUUUGUUUGGGUAAAGAAAUGGCCAUAAUGGAGAUUAAAGCUGUUGCUUUAAGUCUUAUUAGACAGUUUGAUAUUCGGGUUGUCGGGUCAAAUUCGGAGCCCCGGUUUAGUCCGGGUUUGACUGCUACCGUUAGAGGUGGUCUUCCGGUUCGUGUAUUAAAGAGGAACUAGUUACUAAUUAGUUACUUUAUAUAUAUAUAUAUAGAGUUGUUAUAUAAUGUAAUAUAUAUAUAGAUUAUUCACAUCAUUAAUUAUAGCCCACACCUAUAUAUAUUAUAAUAACUUGCACUAACCAAGAUUUAGAAAAUGAAGAAGCUACAUAAUAUAUAUGUUCAUGUUCAUUCAUGAAUUUUGGAAAUUCAUGGUACGAAUAUCAUAUAUAGUGGCAAAUGGGAUUUUGUACUUUUAAGUACGUAUAUAUAUAUAUAUAUAUAUGUUUAUGUAUGGAUAUAUAUAGAAAAUGUACACAACAACACAUCAUGACACAGUCAUGUGUACUUAUAAAAUAAUGUUGUGAGUUAUUUUGAUUACCAUUUUAA